AUGUAUUUAAACCAUUUGUUAUUAAUAAAUACAAUAUAUAUAAUCGUGGCCGCGUACAACGCAGCUCGUGCAAAAGCAUCGUCCAUGCUACGAACAUUUGAUACCGAUAUAUUGCAAAGAACCGUCAAAAACGCUAGACAUUUAAAGGAAAACGACGCCAUGGCCGGUCUGAUAAACGGUUCGGGCAUUAAUAAUAUACCAGAAUUGAACAUAAUCACAACAAACGCUGCCGUAAAUUUUGCAAACAAAUGCGAUAAAAAACCGAUAUUUUACGGAAUGUCCGGAACCGAUACCGAUUGCAAAAGAGCAUGCGCCAACGACACGGCGCACGUAGUAAAUGUCACAAACGACGAUUCUAUGUAUUUCGAAAACACUAAAUUGGAACCCGGUGUGUACUGUGCUAUUGGCCGCAGACCCGCGUGUAACGUAAAAACGACAUCUAUACUAAUGACGAUUAAUUCGGUAACAUGUCGGUCCAAAUACCCACGCUUGUUUGGCGGCGAAACGGGAAACGACGUGAUAGCUUGCAACGAUGUAUCGAUAAACGACCCGUUGAAUAUUUUAUGGGAUUAUAGAGACAAUGUCAGAGUGCGUGCCGAGACAAUAGAUAUGCACGAUACUGACGAAUUGCUGAAUAACGGAGCGUAUCGUUUCAGAUGUCGUUAUUUUGGUAAAGAUUCCAAUGGAAACAAUUUCAUAGAAAACCCGUACGAUAGAUUGCAUCCAAUGCGUAACUAUUGUUCCGAAUAUAUUUACGGAGCACACCCGUCGAUACGACCGGUCGUGGACGUAGAAGCCGGUACCAUGUAUUGCGAUUGCGGUGACCCAAACGUUACGCGCGUGCGCAACAUAAAUAUCGACGAUCGGUCUACACGGUGUUCCGAAGAAACGUACGAAUACAAAACACUGUAUCCAAAUCAAAAAAGUAUAAAAAUACCGUAUAAAUGUUUUACAAUAAAUUCUCCGAUAGAGGACGUUGGACGAUACAUGCCUUGCCCUCCGGACCAGUUCGUACGAAAUGGUAGCCGUAUGGCUAGCGUUAACGUUAUUUACAGUGAUUUGGAUUCGGUGCCCAUCGAACACCCGUAUUAUAAAGAUUUUAAUUUUAAGGAAACGAUGUUGGGUGACGCUAAAGGAAUACGAUUUAUAGACUAA